GAUUAUGUCACAAACUCGCAUGGCUGCAGUUGUUGUGACCCCAAGGUGCAGGAACCAGGAGGAUAAAGAUAAGGUGGGUCGCGACAAGAUGUUGCGUUAUCUACUCAAGACCCUGCUGCAGAUGAACCUGUUCACCGACACCGUCCAGAACCCAGGCAACAGCACGGAUGUGUUCUUCAACACCUCCCUGCCGUCCUUCAACAGCUCCCUACUUGACUGGGGAAACUUCACCGGCUUCAAUGAAUCUGCAGCAAAAAUGUUUUGGAACAGAACUCGCGGGUCACCAGUUGAAUUGCCCAAAUGAUGAAAAAGGGGGACCUAAGAUGAAACCUUGAGGAACACUACUAGUACAACUUAAGAUGUUGAACAAAUGACUCCUGACUGACUGC